GUCCCGCCGCCGCGCCCGGGGCCCGGGGCCCGCCCCAUCGGCCGGCUCCGCACGCCGCGUCCCAGCGCCCCGCGACUGCGUCACCAGCCCCCCGCACGUAACCACAGCUGCCUCCUCCCGCCUCGGGCCCGAGCGGACGUUUUGCCGCCCCGGCGACGUCAGCGCGUCCGGCGUUGCUUGGCUACCCCGCCGUUUCCCCUGUCCCGCUGCCGCUCGCCUCCCCCGGUGAAACUGUGACGCCGUCGCCGCGGGUCUCAGCUGCGUCAUAGCAGCCGGCAUCCCACCUUCACGUCACACUCUUCCCCACCUGGACACGCAUCCCUCCCUCCCUGCCAACCUCUCCCUCCUCUCCAGUCCCCCUGCGCCAGAUCUGACGGGAGAAGAUGGAGACGGGGUGGGACCGAGUUAUGGACCACGCUCAGGAGAGGGUCGCAAGGUGGGACCCCGGACAGUGGUAGAAACAAAAUGAGGACGUGCCUGAAGUUUGCCCUUCUGCAGAGACACGAGGACUAGAGGGAAAGAAAUGACCAACCCAGAGGCGCCCGAGGCCUCACAUGUCUGUAGCUCCAAGUCCUCUCCAUACUCCCCUAACCUUUUCCCCAUUUCUUUCACACCAUUUCUUUGCGAGUCAGAUCCCUCCUGGUCGCUAACUCUGCAUACACUUCAACUCACCCCAGGUGAGGAGGACACCUAAUUUCUAGAACACUGGGAAAAGGGCAGGGUCCCUACUCAAAGUUGGAGUUCCAUAGGAGGAGAAAAAUCAUGUAACUGAACAGUCUUCCCUGGUUGAGGGAAGAAAUUGAGGCCCAAAUAAGUUACUAUUCCAAAUUAAACACUUUUCAUGCGUGCCAUCAAUAUACACAGGAAUAAUUGUUAACCCAACUCGUUAUAGGGCCAUUUCUCUCUCAGCACAUAGACCUACUAAAUUUCUUUCCUGUUGGGAUCCUUGGAGAGGAGGGAGGGUGGACAAGUGGGGUUAUGGGGAUAGAGAAACCAACCAUUCCAUGGAUAAAAGUGGUGAUGUCUUAAGGAUGGAGUAGGGGAUCAGCCUUCUGCUUUAUAAAUGCUUUAUGCAUUCCCAAUGCUUUUGAGGCUUCACUUGGAGAUUUUGAUUGUCUUCUUUACUUUUCAUUCCCAACCACUCCAGUUGGAGGCACAGUAUGUCCAAGGAAUUAGUUAUCGAUAGGUAUUUCAUAAGACUCCAGUCCCUGCUAAAUAUUUAAAAUAGAUUUUUCAUCCCUCUUUUCAAGAGGUUAUCAGCCUGGACUCAGUAAUACGCUCCUUAGUAUAGUUGCUAUGAAUUUAUCGCUUGUGUCCAGAUGCACCCAAAUAAAAUAGGAUGUUGUGUGAAUCAUUUCAUUCCAAAAAGACGGCACACUUCCUCUAGGCUAGUCGAAUAAAAGGAAGAAGAAUUUUAAACUUUCCUGAAAAGAAGGUUGUAGGCCUUACCUAAUUAAUUCUAUUUAUUACCAUUUGAAAGAGUGAGAGAAGAACAGUGGCAGAGAAUCAAGUUUGGGCUCCAAUGGACUAUUGUAAUAAAACUCUUCUGUAGCAUUAAACUUUAAAAUAUACCUAAUUUAAGAAAUCUUAAUACUUUGACUUUAAUGGCAUUUUGCACUUUACCAAACUUCUUUCUCAUCGAUUAGAAAAGUAUGUCACACUAGGGAUACAUUGGUCUGGAACUAUUGGUUUUAAGAUACAAGUUGGAUGAGCCUGAAUCAGGAGAAGUAUACUGAGCUAGUUGAAGGGAAGCCUCUGUUUCUAACGAGGAAGCAGAGGUAGAAAACAAGAGAUUGGAAGUUGUGUGUCAGUUUGCUGAAGAGGAAAACAUUUUGAUGGCUAGAAGUCACAAGUUUUGGAAAUGGAGAAACAAAAGAGAGGUUGAAUCUGGUACAAGAGAAGAUGUAAAAUACCAAAAUGGGGCUAAAUCUGGAGUUAGGAUUUUAUAUGGGGGUAAAUGUCAGGGCAGGGAUGCAGAAAAAUUAAACCUCCAACUAACAUUUUUCUCUGCCCCCUUCCUGUCCCCAAGUUAAAUAAUGGCAGAGACAAGUCUCUUAGAGGCUGGGGCCUCUGCAGCCACCACAGCUGCAGCCCUGGAGAACCUACAGGUGGAGGCGAGCUGCUCUGUGUGCCUGGAGUAUCUGAAGGAACCUGUCAUCAUUGAAUGUGGGCACAAUUUCUGCAAAGCUUGCAUCACACGCUGGUGGGAAGACCUAGAGAGGGACUUCCCUUGUCCUGUAUGUCGAAAGACGUCUCGCUACCGCAGUCUCCGGCCUAAUCGUCAACUAGGCAGCAUGGUGGAAAUUGCCAAGCAGCUACAGGCUGUCAAGCGGAAGAUCCGGGAUGAAAGCCUCUGCCCCCAGCACCAUGAGGCUCUCAGCCUCUUCUGCUAUGAAGACCAGGAGGCUGUAUGCUUGAUAUGUGCAAUUUCUCACACCCACCGGGCCCACAACGUUGCGCCACUGGACGAUGCCACACAGGAAUACAAGGAAAAACUGCGGAAGUGCCUGGAGCCCCUGGAGCAGAAGCUGCAGGAGAUCACCCACUGUAAGUCCUCCGAGGAGAAGAAGCCUGGAGAGCUCAAGAGACUAGUGGAGAGUCGCCGACAGCAGAUCUUAAAGGAAUUUGAAGAGCUUCAUAGGCGGCUGGAUGAAGAGCAACACAUGUUGCUUGCACGCCUGGAGGAGGAGGAACAGGACAUUCUACAGCGCCUCCGGGAAAAUGCGGCUCACCUUGGGGACAAGCGCCGGGACCUGACCCACUUAGCUGCUGAGGUGGAGGGCAAGUGCUUACAGUCAGGCUUCGAGAUGCUUAAGGAUGUCAAAAGUACCCUGGAAAAAUGUGAAAAGGUGAAGACCAUGGAGGUGACUUCAGUAUCCAUAGAGCUGGAAAGGAACUUCAGCAAUUUCCCCCGACAGUACUUUGCCCUAAGGAAAAUCCUUAAACAGCUAAUUGCGGAUGUGACCCUGGACCCUGAGACUGCUCAUCCUAACCUAGUGCUGUCGGAAGAUCGUAAGAGCGUCAAGUUCGUGGAGACAAGACUCCGGGAUCUCCCUGACACACCACGGCGUUUCACCUUCUACCCUUGCGUCCUGGCUACUGAGGGCUUCACCUCAGGCCGACACUACUGGGAGGUGGAAGUGGGUGACAAGACCCACUGGGCAGUGGGUGUAUGCCGGGACUCUGUGAGCCGGAAGGGCAUCCGGGCUGGUCGGAAAAAUGCUGCACCACUUACCAUCAGGCCCCCAACAGAUUGGGAGUGACAGGUAGGGACGUGGGGAUGAUUGGGGUGAGGCAGGGUCAAGAGCUAUGGGCCUGCCUUCCUGCGACCUGCUGGAACGUCUCUGUGUCUGCCUGGUUUCAGUCCUGAACCAUUGGGGAGAAGCACCUUGGUUUCUAGAAUGGUUUCUGUGGGAGAGGAGUAGGACUGGGCUGGCAUGAGAGCACAGCUGUGUCGCCCUCCUAACUGUCAAGGUGAGGAGCUAGUUCUGGGGGGAUUACCUCCCCUGACGUCCAUCAGGUUUUCUAUUGCACAAGGACGGAUUGGGAAAGAAGGAGAGCCUUUUCCAGAAACAAAACGUUUUUGGGAGGGUCUGAUGUGCUCAAACCAGAGGAGGAAACAGAAACCCCUGCACAUCUUUUUAGAGUGUUCUUUGACCCAGAAUAGUCUUGUUUUUAUGAGGAAGAGCACAGGGGUGUGUGUACCUCUAGAUUGAAAUAAAAAUGAAUGACAGUUGCUCUCAUGGGUCUAGAAGUUGAGGAGUUUUUCCCUGGACAGAGAUGGGGCAUCAAGAAGGUUAGAAAGGUCAGGGAAGGGGGCUAAAGGAACAGUUUCCUAGAUACUAAUGAAGGGAAGAGGGGUUUCUUUGGUCUUCUAUUCCCAGAGUAAGGUUGCCAUUGUGAGUAGGAUCGGCCAGAGGUAGGAAUGUGGGGAGGAGAGCCCAGGUCCUUGUCUCAGCCUUCAGCAGAGCUGGCUUUCUGCCUGCCCCUUUAUAGUUGAUUGUCUCCAAGAAGUUGGUCACCUUACUCUUCAGAGGCAAGGCGCCAGAGAUCCUUCAAGACACUCUAGUGAGAGCAUAGCUUUCACUGCUUGCCCAAGGGAACUUGGAAAGGAGAGAGUCAGAUAUUAGAGGAAAGAAAGUAUUUCUAUCCAAAGCUCUGGCCUUAAAGAAUGUUACUAAAUAGUUACUCCCACAUUGUCAGGCUUGUUACCUGUCUACAGUUUCCAAGUCGGAAAGGGAAAAAGGAAAUGGAGUCUUCCUAAGUCUGAGGACAGGGUAGAAGAGGGUGGUGUGGGUAGGGAAGGGCCAGAUGGGCAUCUUUCUUGUGCCUGUUUGCACCUGGCCCGGAACUGGUGUUCACAAGAGCUGGUCUCCUUGUUUGCUGCCAUCCUUCACCACUUGCCAUUUCCCCUAUCAGAGAAUGUAAAUCAUUUAAUGUUAGGCCAAAACUUACAACCUGUAGGGUACAGAUGUUGUUGAAAAAGGUAAAGCAAUGCAUGCCAAAUCAAACUAAAAUGAAUUGGACUAUCUGCUGCUUGGGUCAUUGGGUUCACAGAAGAUUGGGAUAAGAAACUGCAGUUUAUUGAGGGCAUUUCAGUUCCUCCUGCCACCUCAACAGGACUUUGUCCAGACUCUCUUCUUACCUUUGUGCCUUGACUGUGGUUCUUUGUGGCGAGAUGCUUUGGUUGGUAAAACAUAAUAUGGAACAAAGGAUCCACUGAAGUGAUUUCUGUGUUGUGUGGUGAUUUGACAACGGCCUCUGUUGAUGUGUAAAAAUCACUGGGUAUUAAAAAUGCAUGUUCCUGGGCU